AUGGCGUGCACCUGCCCUGCUGAAUCUAUCGCGUUGCUAGUUGGCAUGCGGAAAUUGCUGGAGGCCAUUCCCCGCCGCAGCACUCGGCCGUGUAGAUUCUCCGUCUUUCGACUUCUUGUUAUCCCCCAUAGCACUUCACACAGGCUCACUAAAAGCCAAUUACACAUUAUUACGAGCACCAUGGAAUCCACCAUUGGACCUACGACGCCGAAGGCGCACAUACGGCUAAAUUUUCUCUUUGACCACUGUGGCGUUACAAAGAAUCGGGCAUGCGAUCAGAAACCAAGACAGCCUCUUACCUGCCACAGCGCACCGGCACGCGGAUGCCGUGCAUAG